AACUCACGCUGGGGCGACCGUUAGAGAUAUUUGGAACUCACGCGUGAAAGGGUUAAGUUAUCCCAAAUUCCUCUUUCAAUUGACACCAUUAGCGACAGAAUAGAGGACAUGAGCAAAGACAUCUUGGCUCAAGUAGUUGCAGAUCUGAUUUCAAGCCCGGCAAAAUUCAGCCUUCAACUCGACGAGACCACAGACGUUUCCAAUCUAAGCCAGCUUGCUGUAUUUGUGCGCUAUGUGAAAGACGACGUGAUAAAGGAAGAUUUUUUAUUUUGUAAGCCUCUUACGACAACAACUAAGGCAGCCGAUGUGAAGAAACUUGUGGAUGACUUCUUCAAAGACAACAAUCUUUCGUGGGAUAUGGUUUCUGCAGUUUGUUCGGACGGAGCUCCAGUCAUGCUGGGAAGAAAGUCUGGUUUUGGUGCGCUAGUGAAAGCCGAUGCACCACACAUCAUUGUUACGCAUUGUAUUCUGCACAGGCAUGCGUUGGCAACAAAAACCUUGCCUCCAAAACUGGCAGAAGUAUUAAAAAUUGUAGUGGAAUGCGUGAACUAUGUGCGAAAUAGUGCUCUGAGGCACCGCAUCUUCAGUGAGCUGUGUAAAGAAAUGGGCUCUGAAUUCGAGGUACUUCUGUACCAUUCUAACGUUCGGUGGUUAUCCCGGGGACAGGUGCUGAAUCGUGUUUUUGCCGUGCGUGUGGAAUUAGCCCUGUUUUUGCAAGAGCACCAACAUCGUCAUGCAGAUUGCUUAAAAAAUUCUGAGUUCAUUCUCAUUUUAGCGUACAUGGCUGAUAUCUUCGCAGCUCUCAAUCAUCUCAAUCAACUGAUGCAGGGCGGUGGAGUCAACAUCAUCGAAGCGGAAGAAAACCUGAAGGCUUUUCAAAAAAAGCUACCGUUAUGGAAACGACGAACAGAGAACGAUAACUUCGCAAACUUUCCCCUGCUGGACGACUGUGUAAGUAAGAUCGAAGAUGUAUCUGGAAUCGGAGACAUUUCUGUACCCGCGGAACUGAAGCAAGCAAUUGCCACCCACUUAGAUGAGCUUGCAAAGUCUCGACGGAUACUUCCCUACAAGAGAGUCAUAUCCAGCAUGUGUGAGACAGCCGUUCACGUUUAGUGUUGAGACAACAGAUGUCAUCGAUGAAUACCUCGAUGAAAUCAUUGAAAUUCAGCAGAGCCAGGUUCAACAGCAACUCUUCAGAACAACAACGCUCUCAACGUUUUGGUGUCAACAAAUGUGCCACUGACUCAGAUUGGGAGCCCCCAAUGUCAAGGUGUCCAUCCCCCACUGAAGCUGGUCCAUCCAGCCGGACCCCUGCUGUCUCUGGCUCCACACCUCCUGGGCCAUCUAGAGGUGGGAAGGCACUGACAAAGAAGCGGAGGAGGGGAAGUGUGCAACCUGCCAAGAAAGGGACAGACGAGUGGCACACUGUCCUCGAAGCAGACGUGGAGCCACCUCAACCAACAUUUAGGCCGAAAAGGAAUCCAGGACCACAGCUGAACAUGACUGCAGGUUACAGCCCCCUUCAGCUUUUUCAGUUGUUUUUCACAUCAUCAGUUGUAGAUUCUCUCGUGUCUAACACAAAUAAGUAUGGGGCGAAGAAGCAAGCAGGCAAAAAAGUAGCAUGGAAGCCCAUUUGCAUUUCAGACUUUUUCUGCUACCUUUCACUGGUCAUCUACAUGGGGCUGGUGAAGCUGAAAACCCUGAGGGACUACUGGAAAACAUCAUCUCUCUACCAACUGCCUUUCCCCAUGACUGUCAUGUCAUGCAAAAGGUUUCUGGUUCUCUCACAGGCACUUCAUAUCAGCGACCCAAAAGAUGAUGAAGAGAAUGACAAGAAGAAAGGCACAGCAACAUUUGAUAGACUCUGCAAAAUCAAGCCUCUCUACCUCAGCAUUGUUGAUGCCUGCAAGACCUACUUUCAGCCUGCACAGAACCUGUCCAUAGAUGAGAGGAUGGUAGCCUCAAAGGCCAGAAUCGGCCUCAAACAAUAUAUGAGAAACAAACCGACCAAGUGGGGUUACAAGCUGUUUGUUUUGGCUGAUUCUGUGUGUGCCUACACUUGCAAUUUCUUUGUUUAUGAGGGGAAGAACAGUUGUGCUACCGGUAAGGGACUUAGCUACGACUCUGUAAUGGAGUUAUUGGAUUUUCAACUGCUGGGGAAGGGCUACAAACUGUUUGUGGAUAACUUCUACACAAGCCCUACCCUGUUUACAGACCUGAAGAAGCGGCAUGUGUGGGCUUGUGGCACCAUUCGCAACAACAGGGUGGGCUUUCCGAAGACAAAGGUGAAUGACAUGCCUAAGCGCGCUGAGCGGGGUACCAUGCGAUGGAUCCUUGAAGAUGGCCUGCUCUUUGUAAAGUGGAUGGAUACCAGAGAGGUGUUGAUGUGCACAACAGUCCACAAAUCCUACAGUGGCGAUAACGUAGUCAGGCGGGUGAAGAGCGCUAAUGGGUCAGCUGCUGUGAAGGACUACAACAAGAGCAUGGGCGGUGUGGACCUGUCAGAUGCGCUGAUAGGUUAUUACAAUGUUCUGCACAAGACGACAAAAUGGUACAAGACUUUCUUCUACCAUUUCAUCGACAUUGCUGUAGUGAAUGCAUUCAUCCUACACAAGGAAAUUGCUAAGAGCUGUGGAAAGCCCCCCAUCUCACAGCUAGCUUUCAAAGAGCUGCUCAUCAGGGAGCUUGCUGACUACAGCACCACUGCACCUGUCCCUUCUGCUCCUGCAACAAGUGUUCAUCUGCCCAAAUUUAUUUCUGCAGGCAUGGAUGUGCCUCAGGGCAAAAAGGGCACAGCAUGGAGGCGUCGUUGUGUUCUAUGCAAAAUGAAGUCCCCCAUCACCUGCACCACAUGCUUGGUGACCCUUUGCUUUACAGCAGAAAGAGACUGCUAUGGCACAUGGCAUCAGCAGCACAAUAUUGUGUAGAGGACUGAGGGUCUUCCAAAUAUUGAAAGUGUGUAAAUGGGGCCACAGUGUCUCCUGACCCCUCCUGUCUCAGCCUCUAGUAUUUAUGCUGCAGUAGUUUAUGUGUCGGGGGGCUAGGGUCAGUCUGUUACAUCUGGAGUAUUUCUCUUGUCUUAUCCGGUGUCCUGUGUGAAUUUAAAUAUGCUCUCUUUAAUUCUCUCUUUCUUUAUCUCUCUCGGAGAACCUGAGCCCUAGAACCAUGCCUCAGGACUACCUGGCAUGAUGACUCCUUGCUGUCCCCAGUCCACCUGGCCGUGCUGCUGCUCCAGUUUCAACUGUUCAGCCUGCGGCUGUGGAACCCUUACCUGUUCACCGGACGUGCUACCUGUCCCACCUCCACCCGGCACAGCCAGAAGAGGACUGGCCACCCCUCAUAGCCUGGUUCCUCUCUAGGUUUCUUCGUAGGUUUUGGCCUUUCUAGGGAGUUUUUCCUAGCCACCGUGCUUCUACACCUGCAAUGCUUGCUGUUUGGGGUUUUAGGCUGGGUUUCUGUAUAGCACAUCAACUGAUGUAAGAAGGGAUAUAUAAAUACAUUUGAUUUGUAAAUAGUUACCCGUAUUUUUUGUACAUUUAUAUAAAUAUUUUUUUCAACAAUUUUUUGGGGGUGUGUUACAAUACCAUUUAGGUAUUUUGUAUAUAGUUAUUUGCUUCAAAAUGUAUAACUUCACCAAUUUGGCCACUUGGGUACAUUUUGGUAACUUGUGUGGGACACCUGGGUGACUUCAUGCUAAAUUUGAUGUAGCACACUCAUUCCGGAAGUUAUCAUUCUGAAACUUUGCACAAGUACUGUUGCCCUCUUAUGUUUUUCACUGAAAUUGUUCCCAUCAUCCUAUCUGAAUGAUUGUUUUUUCUUGUUCAUUUUAAAGAUGAUGCAACAA